UAAAAAAAAUGUUGACACAAAACUAAUGAUUUUGCACUCCUUCAGCCAACUAGGCUAGAUCUAGAUUCUAUCUGAUCCAGGCCAGGCCUACAAAACCUAUAAAGCAUCUGUGGGCCUAUCGGUUCUGAAGUAAGGGAGACCACUCUAGUUGUAAACUAGAAAGAGUUGUGUGUUAUCAAGAUGGCUGCCGAAGUGAGAGAGGCGGAGCAAAUCGGCAACACAUCUGACUCAGACUCUGUACAAACCGAGCUUUUGGAAACAAAUGAAAUUCCAGGCAAAAGUGAGAACGCCUUGUUAGUAGCAACAGACUCAUUUGAGGAUUUAAACUAUGCAGGUCUUACCAAUGGCACAUUGCCGACUGUUUCUACUUCUGGAACAAUACAUUCGUUAGUUAAAAAGAAGGCCCGACGAGCCAGCGCAUUACUGGAUGAAAAUGAAGCUGCAGGUGACAACACAGCCUCCAGCGAUGAAACCACAAACGCUGUUGAUCAAGAAUCAUCAGAAGUAUCAGGAGAGGACUCACAAGAAGAUCAUCUUGAGUCACGCCUUACAGAUCUGUCACUUAAUGAGACGGAAUCGCUACCUGAAGAGAUUCCCAUGACGCAGCUCAUUCCUACCUCCUCGGAUAUUGAGGAUGUGAAUAGUCUGGAAUGGAAGCAACAACGAAGGCACAUCUUCAUCAUCAGUGAAUCUGGAAAACCCGUUUACAGCAGACAUGGCAGUGAAGACAAACUGGUGACAAUCAUGGGCGUGAUGCAGGCCUUAGUCAUCUGCACCCAUGACUUCCAGAAGGAUACUCUACGCUCCAUCGUAGCGGGUGACCACAAAUUUGUCUUCAUGUGCCGAGACCAUCUCACGUUUAUCGGGAUCACGAGGGGGCGGGAGUCGACCCAGCAAAUGUUGUUACAGCUCACUUACAUGUACAAUCAGGUCAUCAGUGUCCUGACCCUCUCGACGCUCACUCGCAUCUUCAAGCAGCACCGGAACUACGACUUGCGGCGCCCGCUGAGUGGUGCGGAGAAAUUCUUCGACAACCUACUCAACCUCAUGGACGUGGAGCCAGGCCUGCUGCUCUCCUCGGUGAGGUGUCUACCGCUGGACAGCUCUGUGAGGGAGAACAUCUCGCACAGCAUCGUACAGCAUGCAAAGGUCAAGGACUUGGUGUUUGCCCUGAUCAUUGCUCAGAACCAGCUGGUGACGCUGGUGAGGAUGAAGAAGUACUACAUCCACCCCAUGGACCUGCACCUCAUCAUCAACCUCAUCAACGCCUCAGAGUCUUUCAAGGCGGCCGAGUCCUGGACGCCCAUCUGUCUGCCCAAGUUUGAUGCUUGCGGUUUCCUUCAAGCCCAUGUGUCUUAUCUUGAUGAAGAAUGCCAUACCUGCCUGCUACUGCUGUCUGUGGAUAUCGAAGCCUUCUACAUACUGUCAGAGUGCAAAGCCAAGAUCAAAGAGCGGCUGGUCCGGUACAACGCCCUGAAGGCCAUCAACGACUCUCUCCGCCGCAACUCCUACUCCAUUCAGCAGUGCAGCAUCAGCGACCUGCGCCACUUCCUGUACAAAUCGCGCAGCAUCGCGCAGUACACCAGCCCCGAGCUGGAGGCGCCCUACCACACCAAGGAGGAGCAGCAGCGGCUCUUUGACCUCUACCACUACCUGCACGACCGUAUACACACCUCGGGCCGACAGCUCAAAAUCUUGUUCCACGUCGGCCCAUACGAGACGCUUUUGGGAUGGGUCACCCAAGGGUUUGAGCUGUAUGCUGUUUUCGGCCCCUUAGUCACCAAGACCAUUGCCAUCCAUGCCGUGAACAAACUGCUACGCUGGAUCAAGAAGGAGGAAGACCGCCUGUUCAUUCUCAGCUCAGUGACAUUUUGAUUGGCUGGGGGGGCAAAUUCCUGGCCAGCAGGGACGUAAACAGAACCCCCACCCCCAUACCAUCUACAUCUUGCCCCCUCCUUUACGAGGGUUUUUUUUUUUUUUCGGAGUGGAUUCUGCGGGUUUAAGUUUUAAGUUUUUAAAAGGGAAUACACGCAAGGCUGUCCAGUUCUAUAUUUGAGGUUUAUGCGUUUUGUUUACACACGUUUAACUCACUUGGUUACUUGGUUGGAGAAUAAGUACCAUUGUGGGCAGUUCACAGCCAUAGUUGCUCCUCCCUAAGAUCCAUGAAUGGGUUGGCUUGUGCAUUUGAUUCGUAUAGGUGUCAGUGCAAUG